AAACAGAAAAAUCAAAAACAAAAAAAAAUCAAAAAAACUAAAUCAAAAAUUUCACCUAGACCAACUAGAUGAUGAAACUGACAUUACUGAUAUCGAAAACGAAACUGACACCAAUAACAAUAUUCCUUCAAGUCCAAAAAAGAAAAAAAAAAUAAUCAACUCCAAAUUUAACUCAAAACUAAAACUAAACGACUUCUUUUUUAACUUAAAUCUAAAUAACAAUGCCAUAAAUAACAAUUUCAACAACAUCACAAACACAAACAAAAACAAAAACGUUGUCCAAUUAGAUACUAAUGACGAAAUUAAUCCUAAUGCCACUUUUACCAAUGAAACUAUCAAAAAUAAAAUGUUCACAAACAAACCCUUCAAAAACAUGCUCAAUACUUUCAAAUUCAUGGGGACUCCAAACACUGUAUAACUACAAUACUAUACCAUCAAUAGUCUACUUUUUUACUUCUACUGAUAUCCUCUUUUAAUGUUUCUAAUGCUUACUUUUUCCUUUCUUUCUUUCAUUCAUUCUUUCUUUUUCCUCCCCCUCCUACAUCCAUUCUACUCAUUUUCUUACAAUUCUGUUACAUUCUUACAUAUAAUAUAAUAUAGAUUCACCUUCC